UGACAGAUUUCUUCAGCUGUAAGGCAUACUGAGCAGAUCAGCACAUCACCUCAGACAGCAAAGACAGGAGAUCAUCAUCAGUGAAGACAGCAUGAAGACUCUCAGCCUCGCAAUGGGAACCCUUCUGCUUCUCACUGUUUACUACAGCGCUGCCAUGCCUCAUGCAGUGAAUGAAAUAGGUCCUGUAUCGUGCUGCUUUAAGUUCUUUACAGGAAGGAUACCUCAGCAAGAAAUCAUCUCCGUCGUGAAGACUCACAGCAGUUGCCAAGAGAAGGGAUUUGUGGUGAAAACCGCCAGAGGGAAAGCAGUCUGUGUGAGCCAUAAUCUGAACUGGGUUCAGAAAGCUUUCCAGGAGCAGCAAGGCAGUCAUUUUAAGUGAUCAAACGUCUACAGCUACUCACCCUGCAGCUUCCACAGAGCUCUGUCUGAUGAUCAUAAUCUUUGCUUGAUUGUGUCUUUAUGAUAGUUUAAUGAAAACACGUUUUUUUCCAAGAAUAUUUGCAUUGUGUACUUUCAUGCAGCUCUGUCACAUUUAAUCUCAUACAGCUUUGUUUUACUGUAAUAAUUCAGUUUUUAUUUUACAUUUUCAUAUUUUAAUAAACGCAGUCCUGAAAAGAAAA